AUGGCAAGUAAUGCAAAUUUACUAAUCGUUAAGGGAGAAAGUGACUACAGCAAGCUGAAUACCUUUUUCGCGAACAAUUCCUACUACCAAAAUUAUGCAUUAAGUGCAAUGGAUAUAAAAAUAUAUAAUCAGAUAAAAUCAGUCAUAAAUAAAGACACGUAUCCUCACUUAUAUCGUUGGUAUAAACAUAUUGACUCUUUACCAAGUUAUGUCAUAGAUCAGUAUACGGAGAAUAAUAACAAGGGCAAAAAAGUGAAUGCGGCAGAUAAAAAAGCUAAUGGAAAAAAAGGUGCAGCUGAUGAUGAUGAUGUCGAUAAUGAUAUAGAUCUUUUUGGUAGUGACAAUGAUGAUGAUAAGAAUAUUUUAUUGAAUAAAAAAAAAGAGAAAGAAGAGGAGCUUAAAAAAAAGAAACAAAAAGAAAAAGAGAAAAAUAGAUCAAUAUUGAUUAUUGAAAUAAAACCUAAAUCAAUUGAUACAGAUAUAUCGAAAAUACCAAAACUUGUGAAACAAAAAAUUGUGGAUGAAAAUAUCAAAUGGGGAGAGGAAGUAAAAAAAUUACCAGUGGCCUUUGGAUUGUAUAAACUUCAUAUGUCAUGUAUAAUUUAUGACGAUUUUGUUAAUACAAAUGAACUAAUUGACAAAAUAGAAAAUAUUGAUUUGGAUAAUGAAGAGGAUAGAAAAAAAAGAUCUUUAAUUUUAGGACUAGAUGAUGAAGAGAAUGAGGAUUAUGAUGAAGAUAAAAAUGAGGAAGUAGAGGACGAUUUAGACUUCCUAGUUCAAUCAGCAGAGAUUAUUACUUUCAACAAACUAUAA